AUGACGGGUCAAAAUUUAACGUUUGUAAACGGAAUCGAGUCUGACUCGAUGAAUCCGUUCGAUGAAACUCUAAGUUCGUUGAUAUUUUUUACCGUUGUUUACGUACUCGUUCUUAUAUCUGGUCUCGUCGGCAAUUUUAUUGUGCUUUUUGUCACAUUGAAAAACAAUGACUUAAAGCAUUUUACCAAUUAUUUUUUCGCUAAUCUCAGCGCGGCUGACGUUAUCGUUCUGCUAUUUUGCAUUCCAACUGCUAUACACGAUAUCUGGGCGAAAGAUCAAUGGUAUAUGGGUAAAUUUUUCUGCUUAAGCAACCAAUAUAUUGAAAGUUGCGCGACAAGUGUAUCAUCGUUAACUAUCAUGGCAAUUAGUUUUGAACGUUUCAUCGCAAUAUGUGAACCAUUCAAAGUACAUGAUAUAUUCAAUGAAACAUUAACAUUAAUCACAAUUCUUCUAAUUUGGGCAAUCGGUCUAAUAUUUUCUCUGCCAUUUGUCAUCUUCGUCGAGUACAAUCCACAUUUCAAUCCAGGGGAGUUCGUCAAUGACACUAGCAGUCUAGUUACAAUUUGUCGAUUAGAUGCGAACUCAAGUUUAGCACGCACUUGUAUAACCUGGUUCAUCGUCAUGCUUAUAUUUGUACCAUUUUUUGUUUUAACGUAUAUUUAUACACGAAUCAUCGUGGAAUUAGUUCGACAUCGUGCUGCACGUUUGCGUACAAUGAGAAAAAGUCAGCAACAGCAACUUGAUGAAGAAACCAACAGUGUGAAUAAUGGUUUAGUCCUAACAAACGAUCAGCAAACAUCGAAUUCAUUUCUUUCUUACAAAAGUUUCGAGCAAAAGCGUUUGAACACAGUGAUUAUUUGCGUUGUUACCGUGGCUUUUUUUGCUUGUCAAUUUCCAGUGCGUAUUAUUCAAUUAACUGACAUGUACAUGCGUGUUCAAAAUGAGGAAGUAAUGUCUCACUUAGCAUGGAUCUGGUUAUGGAAACUAUCUAAAUUACUUUUCUUUCUUAAUUUUACAGCAAAUCCAAUUAUUUAUAAUAUCUUAUCGACCAAAUUCCGUCGGUCAUGUCGUCGCUAUUUACAAAUUCAUCGCUCGUUGAGUUUUGGAACCAAUUCAUCACGAAAAACGAGUAUUACUUCAUUUCUUUAUUUGAACAUAUAUAAGAAUCGUCGCCGACAAAGUAGUUUACAGAAUAAUCAACAGCAGUAUCCGUUUAAUCACCAUCAAAAGUUCAAUUUGAUACGUGCGCAUUACGAUAGUGAAAACCGAGAUUUAGUCACCGUUGGAAAUAAUGACGAGAUCUUUGUUCCGACAUUUCAAGUUUUGAAUGAAGAAGAAAAUGAAAAUAUCGUUCAAUAA